UAGAUGAAAGCAAUACAACAUUUAAUUAAGUUACCCUCGGGCAAAAACACGAUUGGUUUUGACAAAAAUAACAGUAGGGUGGUGGAAAGUGGUACGUUCCUUUACCACACUCCAGAAGCUGAGAAAGGGAGGGUAAACAUGGCUUCCGAGCAGGAGAGCGCCAAUGGGCCGGUGAAGAAGUCCAUGCGAGAGAAGGCAAUCGAGAGACGUGGUGCCAACAAGGAACACAACAGCAAUUUCAAGGCGGGCUACGUACCCAUCGAGGAGGAGCGUCUGCACAAGACGGGUCUUCGCGGGCGCAAGGGCAACAUGGCCGUGUGUGUCAUCGUGCUUCUUUUUCUCCUCGCUUUGAUUAACCUUAUUAUCACUCUGAUCAUAUGGACGGUGAUUCGCAUCGGUCCGAACGGAUGCGACAGCAUGGAGUUUCACGAAUCGGGUCUGCUGCGCUUCAAGCAGAAGGCAGACAUGGGCGUUGUUCAUCCGCUGCACAAAAGCACUGUGGGGGGCCGUAAGGACCAAGACCUACUCAUCGUCGGCAACAACAACCCGGUAGUGUUCCAGCAGGGCACCUCCAAGCUGAGCGUGGAAAAAGACAAGACAUCGGUAGUCAGCGACACCGGGAUAUCCUUCACUGACCCCCGCACCCAGACCACUUUCUUCAGCACCGACUAUGACAACCACGAGUUCCACCUCCCCAAAGGCGUCAAGGUGCUCAGUGUCAAGAAGGCCUCCACAGAAAGGAUCACCAGCAAUGCCGCGUCAGACUUGAACAUCCGCGGGGACAGCAAGGCCAUCAUUCGCGGCAACGAAGGUGUCAACAUCAUGGGCCGCACCGUCGAGUUCAGAAUGGGCGGCGACAUUGAGCUCAGAGCCGAGAACAGCAUCGUGCUGAACGGCUCUGUGAUGUUCAACGCCACCCGCAUCCCCAAUUCGGUGGGCGACGUGUACUUCGACGAAGGCGUGGAGCGCUACAAGCUGUGCAUGUGCGCCGACGGGACGCUGUUCCGUGUGCUGGUCAAAUAUCCCAACAUGGGCUGCCAGACUUCAGACAACCCAUGCCGAAACACACACCAAGGACUGUAACCCCAGCAUCUGCCUCCCUAUUACCAAAAAAACAACUGCAUUCAUGGAUUACAUGAUCGCAGUCGUUUGGAAAAUGCAGUAUUUUGUUUGACCAUCCGGUAUUAUUUUUAUUAUUUAUAUCCUGGAGGGUUGCACAGGGAUUUAUUUGGCAGCUGUGUGUGUGUGUGAUGUUAACUGACCACAAAGUGAUUAGUAGGUUUUAUGCACUGCAGUUCAUGCUCAAAGCUCUCAAGCGGUCAAUCGUUAGAUUGGCUUCAUGAGAAGUUUCUAUGGAAUACAUAGAAUGGAUACUUGCCAUACAUCUUGCACAAUCUAAUGAGAGCCGCUUCAUACGGACAAAAUGUUGAACACGGGUACGACGCGGUUAAUCGAUAAUGUUCAAUUUAUGUUCAAUGUGAGUAUUAUUUGGAUUUUUUACGAUCAAAAUGAGGAUCGGUUAGAAGAUCUGUAACAUUUGCUUGAAAACAUUACGGCGUGUUUGUUUGAAUAAAAACCUGGAGUGUCAGCGUG